AUGCUCAGGAUAAGGGGUCAUGUCCUGAUAUUGGUAGGUCUUUGAUUAACACGAAGGAUUACUGUAAUUUCAGCUAAUAUAUGUGGGUUUUGCGACAGCCACAGAAUGCGAUCCCAAGGAAUUUCGACGGAAAGAGAAUCCAGAGAGCAAAACCAGUUACUUUUACUGUAAUACAGACGGGUAAGGGGGGUUUGAUGUUACACUUUGAAUGUACUGCACUUGAUACUAAUGCAAAUUGAUUUUAGCACGUUAGCAAAACGUGAUUGCCCCUCAGGCAAGGAGUUUAAUGCGACAAAAGGAGAUUGCGAUUUUGAGAAUUUGAAUAAAAACACACCUCCCCCAAAGAUCCCCGUCAAAGAUGAGCCCGCAAGGGACGAACCUCUGAAAGAUGCUGUAGAUGAAGUUGAUCCUUUCCUACAGCCUCAAUUCCAAGCUCCAGACGACAUUUGUAGUGGAGGGGUACCUUUGACCAAAUUGGGUGCACCGGUCGCUUGCAACCCUCAAAUUCCCAGCUGUCCAGACGGUAGGUCGUGUGGAAUAUAAUGGAAAUUUCUCGAAAUUUGUUGUGCAAAUGUUAAUGUAACUUGGCACUAUUAUUUAUUAGAAAGCGUGAAAAAUUUUAAGGAAAUCUGAAAAUCAGAUGUUUAGUUAUCAGCAUAUUAUACUUGGCAUCAAAUCCCAAAAAUAAUAUUUUAGGCUACGCCUGUAUUUUGUAUUCCCGGACUGGUACCUCCUACUGUUGUCAGCACACGGUGGAGCCCAGCAUCCAAGACAGUAUUCUUUGCGCGGGUAAUCAGGUCACUUUCUUCGAGCCUUUGACUGGAAUCCCCCAUGCCUGUGCUCUAAAUACUCCUGGGAGUUGCCCCAUUGGAUUUGGCUGUAAUCUGGUGGGUGGAAGUCUGACGAGAUGUUGUGGAAGAGACUAUGGAUGCCCUCUGAACUCGGCGGGAUACGUAAAUCCCAACAGUGGAAGCCAUGUUCAAUGUAAUUUGGCUGAUCCAAGGUGAGUGUUACGGAAACUGGUGAUAAUUUGGAUUAAUCUGUAAUUGUUGUAGUACCUGUCCAAAUGGGUUUGUCUGUACUCGCAGUUCAAUGUUCAACACAGCCGUCUGUUGCUCUGACACCUCAACUUCCCCAUCAGAUGUCUGUGGAGGCGAUCCUCCAUUGCCCCAACCCAAUCCUUGCUCGGCUUCGAAUCCAUGUCCCAAUGGGCAUAGCUGUCGGAAUGGGCGUUGUUGCCCAACCAAAGGUGAGUAUCAAUCAUUACAUUGUACACGAGUGAUUGAUGUGGUCGCGUAACGUCAUCAUGUAUGAAAUUGCUGAUUUCUUGAUGUUAAUACUGGUAUUUGCACUGUAAUUGUGUGUUCUUCCUGUGCUGUCUCUCACGAGUGACCAAUUUUCACUUGGUGAAGGCUAAAUUUUGUAAUUUCCUUACAGUGCGAUUACUGGCAACAAAGCUGAUGGUGAAACAAUCAAUAAUGCCCACAGGCUAUUCUAACAACAAAACUUUAGGAAUGUGUCCGACUGGUCAGCCAUUGGGAGGGAUCACCUCUUGUUCGGACAAGAACCCAUGCCCGAAUAACUACCAGUGCGUCACCAAUAACGGCGCUCAAUAUUGCUGCCCAGCUCCUGGUAAGAAUACCUCAAAACUCCUUGACAUUAAAGCUUCAAACUUGUAAUCACAGUCUUUCAGAACAUGUUUGCAAUCAGCCUCGUGACUCUGGACGUCAAUGUGCAGCCAGCGGAAUCCCCGCGACCACUCGUUACUACUUUGACCAAUCCACUGGAUCUUGCCGAGCCUUCCAAUACAGUCAAUGUGGAGGAAACUCGAACAACUUUGACUCGCUAGAACAGUGUGAGGGCUUCUGCUUGGACAAUCAAUGUCCAUCCGGCCGGGGAUUGAAGGCCGGCCCAGCUAUUGCAACCUGUUCACCAUCAGCCUCGGACUCUUGCCCAUCUCAUUACUCUUGUCUACAACCUCUGUUUGGAGCUAGUUACAUCUGUUGCUCAAAUAAGGGUAAGUCAUAACAUUUCAAUCACAACAACAACACAAAUAUUACAAGAAGGAGUAAAAAUAAAAAGAUUAGCAGCGAGUGGUUUCGAUCCACCGACCUCUGGGUUAUGGGCCCAGCACGCUUCCACUGCGCCACGCUGCUCACGCUCGGAAGCCCUUUCUUUUUUGCUUUUCUUUCGGAAGAAAAAAAAACGCUUUUUCCGAAUGAACAAAAAAUUGCGAGAGAAAUAAGGCUAUUUUUCAGCCUUUUAACGAAAUUCGCUUUUAGAAGCUUUAUGUCGAGACCAGCCGACUGCCGGAGAAGCAUGUUUUGGUACCUUUAUGACCAUCCAGAGAUAUCGUUACAACGCCGAGAGCGGAAGAUGUGAGCCAUAUCAAUAUUAUGGGUGUGGAGGAAGUGGAAAUAACUUCAUUACCAAGGAAGAUUGCCAGCAAUCCUGCCAAGCAACAGCUCUCAAUGGUAAGAAAAUGACAUAUGAUGAGCUCAUUGUUCAAAACAUGGGAAAGCCUCUUGAUUUCCUUUUAUUUUAGCUUGUAAUGGAGUCGCUCCCAUGUCCGAAGAUGGAGAAUAUGUAAAGAGAUGUGCCCCGAAUGUUCCUUGUCCAAAAGGAAGUUGGUGUAACACCAAAGGAUACUGUUGUCCCCAUGCCGAGACUUCUUGUAACGCCCCGAAGAGUAUUGGACACACUUGUUUGGCACAGAAGCCCGGAACCUUCUGGUAUUAUGACAGCCACGACGAGGUCUGUAUGCCUUUCAUGUACAGUGGAUGUGGAGGAACGACGAAUCGUUUUGCGGAUAGAGAAUCAUGCCAACAACAAUGCGUCCAUAAACUUGGCGAAUGCCCUCGAGGUAUGACCCCGUUCUUGACCAAGGAAGGGAAUCAGGUGGGUUUUAAAAUUAUGUGCAGCUUGUAUCCAGUCAAUCUUUUUUCAUUUGUUUUAUUUUAGGCCUGCUCUCCCACUUCGAUCAACUCUUGCCCUGAGGGUUCUUCUUGCGUGAUUUCCUCAACCGGAGAGCAUAUCUGUUGUAGUUCCACGGCUCAAUGUCCUAGCAACAGAUUGCCUUAUGUUAUCCCAGGCUCAGACUCUCAUGUCGCUUGUCUCCCGGAUGAUGACAAUUGCCCGCAAGGUUUCCAAUGUGUCCAGAGCGGGUAAACAUUCAACUUCAAUUAUUAGAAUACUCUUCAAUAUUUGCUUUUUAUACAUGUUCUGCUUUAGAACCGUCUCCGGCUUCUACAUGUGUUGUUCCAAUGCUGGAAUCCGUCGAUUGAGCUCUUUAUCCAUCAUGAAACAAGUACAGCAUAUGUCGCCCAAAUGUCCCUCGGGUCUUCAAGGAAAUGGACAGAGAUGUACCAUCAAUGAGAUCGAAGGAUGUCCCCCAGGAUACCUUUGUUUGGGCAAUGGCCUCAGAGGAGUUUGUUGUAAGACAACUCCCAAGUGUCAGAAGAAAAAGAGACCUUAUUACAUCGCCAAGAAACAAGUUCUCACAUGCUCGGACGAUGAGACUGGAUGUCCGCGCGGCUCUUCAUGUUCUCCAUCAACAGUUGAAGGGGUCGAUAUUUGCUGUGUUAGAGGAGCACCUACAACAACAUACUCUAAAGUUCCUAAAGUAGUCCCAAAAUGUAAAGAUGGAGCUCUUCCUUACUUUGCAUUAGGAUCGCGAGUUCCUCAGCAAUGCACAGCUGAUCGCGAUGACGAAUGCCCAGAGGAAUAUGAAUGCGACAUGGCUUCGGAUGAUCAGUAUUAUUGUUGUCCUGCAUGGGAUAGAUGUCCAGCUGAUUCUACUCCAUUCUUGGUUGAGGGAUCACGAAAACCUUUGGGGUGUAAUUGGAUGGCAAACAACUGCCCUGAGGGAUACAGGUACGAUUAUAUUGUACUUUAUGAGAUGGCUUUAUUUUAGUUGUGAGGGAUCGAAGGACAGGGCCAUAUGUUGUAAAAGUCGUCCCUCUUCUGCUCAGUGUCCUGUGGGACAGUCACCCUUCCUCUAUGCAAAACGACCAUUAGUGUGCCCACCAAAUAAGAAGUCCUGUCCCACCGGAUAUGACUGCGUUCCAGCCAGGAAUGGUGGAAUUCACAUCUGUUGUUCAGCUGUGGAUCAUCAGAGUCCUGAAUGCGUUAAUGGCUAUGGAUAUUAUGACCCCAGUAAGAGUUUAAGUUCAUAAACACCAACUUUCAACCCUUUUUAUUUCAGGUGUAAUGUAAUCGUUUUUCAGAGACCAACAAGAACAUGUUGUGUGAUCCCGAACUUAACUCAUGUCCCGGAGGCUACACUUGCAAACGCAGUACAAUGGCCAACGCUCAUGUUUGUUGUACGAAUACAGACAACAGAUAUGAAGGAUAUUGUCCCCCCUCUCAAGUCCCCUACAUGCCCUUGAAUUCGGUGGAGCCCCCAACUUGUCAUAUGGCCCUAAAUCCAUGCCCCACAAGCGCUGCCUAUCAAUGUGUCUAUAGUGCGGAGAAGCAGAACUCUUAUUGCUGUGCGCCAGUGGACACAACCAGUCAGAACAGCGUGAUGAGCAAGUUCAGCGCUGGCCCCUUCAGACAUUACAAUCGCCAGCCCAACACCAAUUCCAAUCCUUAUGCGAACCGUGAGUUGGCCAUGGGACUGCCAUUCUUGAUUCUAGUGAACGGAGGUAGAGCGAGUGUAGAGAAGGGAGUCUAACAAAGAUUAAGAGAUUAACUGGGGAAGGUGAAAAGAGGAUCCCCGUCUUGUCAAUAACAUAAAAAGAUUCGAUGAUUUCGUUUUAGAAGCCAUGCCACCCCGAGGAAUCGAUCCUAACAUGAUGAUGAAUAAUAUGCAGCCAAUGAAUGCACUCCCCCAACUCCCACAGAAUCUAAUCCCCCCUCCGGAUCUCAAUAAUAUCAUGGGACAACAACUUGGGCAACAAGUUGCUCAAGGCCUCCCCAACAUUUCCCCUCAGGGUCUUUUGGAGAUCCCCAAUGCUGCCCAUAUUGUGGCUAGUUGUCCUCCAUGGUCCAAACCUCUUCUCAAUAUGCAAACGAAGACAGCCCAGCUCUGUUCUACAUGGAACAAAUGCCCGAGUGGAUUCACUUGUUAUUCCAAUUAUCCAGACGGCCGAAAUGCUCAAUGUUGCACUACAGUCCCAUUGGAUAAUCAGACAGUAUUCAAGGCCACUCCAGCACCACCAAAUCAGAUGCCCGCUUAUUCUCCACCAGAAGAUGGAGCCAACUCAGUGAGUGUUCCCUAUGGAAAUGGAGACAAUGAGGUCAAGAACGUGUCAGUGGUCAUUCCAGCACUGGCUCUGCCUGACAACAUUACUCUGAUAAGAUGUCCACCAGGAACAGUCAAUAUCAGUGGAGUUUGCAAACGAAGUAAGUGAUGGCAGGAUGACAAAGCGAAAAGAUUAUUGGUUCUUCAUAACGCUGACCCUUUUCAGUGUUCUUUGUGGGUCAACAGGGAUGUGAGAACAAUGAACAAUGCAAUCAAAGGACCAAUGGAACUCAAUGCUUCAAGGGAUAUUGUGCUUGUCUCGACAACAAACUGAUCCAUGAAUCAAAGUGCGUACAACAAUGUCCAGAGGGAUUCUUGAACAUUGCUGGAAGAUGUCAUGAUCUCACCACAGUCGUGUUCAUGGAUUCUGUCGACGAGAGAGCCAAUGGAACCUUGGGAGGAUUUUGCUUGGAUACUGUAGUUCGAGAGGAACAAUGCUAUGUCAACAACUCUUAUUGUAAUGAGAAGAGUAUUACUUGUCAAUGCAAACCUGGAUUCGAACUCAAAUUGGACUUCAACAAAAAGGAUGAAAAGGUAAAAAAAAUAAAUACAGGAUUUUAGGGAACAAGAUAAUAUUACUUUGCCCAUGAUUGCAACCGUCCAUUAUGAGUUAUUUAUCGUUGCUUCAGGGAGAAUGCGUGGAAGUACAAGGAUCCAAGUUCAAGAAAGCCGAUGAUCCCAUCCCAGAAGAACCCGAAGUCAUCCAACCCAUCAGGACUUUCUUUGUCAUCGAUUCCCAACAAUCAGAUGACCCCGAAGAACUGUCUGAUGCCUCAGGGACAGAACCCUUGGACUUGACCGCUCCGUUUGGCAAUGACACCUCAAUCCACGUCAAGAUGGAACAAAACGAUGCCUCCACUGUGGAGAUCAUCACAAAAGCCUAA